AUGCCUAGGGAAAUCAUCACGAUUCAAGCCGGCCAGUGCGGCAAUAGCAUUGGUAGUCAGUUCUGGCAGCAGCUCUGCCAAGAACAUGGCAUCAGUCAAGAUGGGAAUCUGGAGGAGUUUGCGACAGAAGGCGGGGAUCGAAAAGACGUUUUCUUCUAUCAGUCUGAUGAUACGAGGUAUAUCCCAAGAGCUAUCUUGAUAGAUUUAGAGCCUCGAGUUAUCAACAGUAUCCAAACAGGCCCUUACAAAAACAUAUACAACCCCGAAAAUUUCUUUGUCGGCAAGAACGGCGUGGGAGCGGCAAACAAUUGGGGUGAUGGAUAUCAGACUGGAGAGCUGGUUCAUGAGGAUAUCAUGGAAAUGAUAGACCGUGAGGCAGAUGGUAGUGACUCUUUAGAGGGUUUUAUGAUGCUUCAUUCAAUAGCAGGAGGAACCGGAUCUGGCCUGGGAUCAUUUCUUCUUGAGAGAUUGAAUGACCGGUUCCCGAAGAAGAUCAUCCAGACAUAUUCAGUGUUUCCAGAUACAACAAAUGCGGAUGAUGUGGUUGUACAUCCUUACAACAGUCUGUUGUCAAUGAGGAGAUUGACACAAAAUGCGGACUCGGUUGUAGUCUUGGACAAUGGUGCACUUUCACGAAUAGCAGCAGACCGCCUGCACGUUCAAGUGCCUUCAUUCCAACAGACGAACCAGCUUGUCUCUACGGUCAUGUCAGCUAGCACGACUACUCUUCGAUACCCAGGCUAUAUGCACAAUGACCUUGUUAGCAUAGUAGCAUCAUUGAUUCCUACUCCAAGAUGCCAUUUCCUCAUGACAGCAUACACGCCAUUUACAGGUGCUAAUGUCGACCAAGCCAAGACUGUCCGUAAAACAACCGUUCUUGAUGUUAUGCGACGCCUAUUGCAGCCAAAGAACCGCAUGGUCUCUACGAUUCCUGGCAAGAAGAGUUGCUAUAUCUCCAUCUUGAAUGUCAUUCAAGGAGAUGUGGAGCCCUCGGAUGUCCACAAGAGUCUCCUCAGAAUUCGAGAACGUAGACUUGCUACAUUCAUUCCUUGGGGUCCAGCUAGUAUUCAAGUGGCCCUGACCAAGAAGAGUCCUUACAUGCCAAUGAACCAUCGGGUCAGUGGUCUAAUGUUAGCAAAUCAUACGAGCAUAGCUACACUUUUCAAGCGUACUGUAAGACAAUAUGAUGGGAUGAGAAAGCGUAAUGCCUUCGUGGAUGUGUAUAAGAAGACCGCACCCUUCGCCGACAACCUCAACGAAUUUGAUGAGGCAAGAGAGGUCGUUACAGAUCUUAUCGCUGAGUACGAAGCAGCUGAAGAUGCAGAUUACCUGAAUCCAGAGGCAGACAAAGCAGCUGCAGCAGGAGGAGAGGCAGUGGACAAGAGAGUGGCAUGAGGAUGACGAGGCAAAGUGCAUUUUGAGAGAUGGAGUUGAGGUUCGGUGUAUAGGAAGGCAUUUCUUGCUGACGGCGUUAGUUGUUGACAAUUAAUGAUACCAAUGUGAAGAGUUGUCUCGUGAUAUUUCAGGGGUCUCGUUUGUUGAUUCCUCAGUCAUCUCUUCGAAUGCACUAAACGUCAUUGAAGAAGUCCCCGGAGCAAAGCUCCUGACCAGCAGGGAACAAGUCGUGCUAUUACUCAAUU